CGGCAAAGGCUUCCUCGACAGAACAGCGUUACGGCGUGUUGCAUUUCGGGCGAAAGAGGAAGCCUUCUGUCUCCUACGUUCGAGGCAGCGCAACAGACGUCACUCGCUUAGCGGCAGGCAUAGCGGUCUUCAAAGCGGGACUCGGGAAAACGCCGUUUCUUCGUUGUCUAGCAACAAGCCGCUUCGCGAGAUACAUCGGAACAUCCCGACGCCGUCCCUGGGGAUUGUAGUUGCUUCUUAGCCGCCGUGGCUAUUUCGUGCAGUACAAGAGGGACGGCGUUGAACUACAGAGACCGGCAGCCCGCGGAGAAAGCUUAGCAGGGGUUACUUCUCACACUUCUCAAUGGAGGGAGUCUCAGAAGCGAUCGGGAUAGGCGAAAGAGUUGCGGCGUGCAGCCCGUGGCCCGGUUGUGGCGGGUCUCCGGGUUCGUUGAAUUCCGUGAGGGAAGCCGCGGGAGAGUCGGACUUGACGCAGUCUCUGGAGCGCUAUCACCGAGGCUUACGCGAUCGUGCUAGUAAAAGCCUUGAUCAAUUGAAGUAUGUCUUGCGUGAAAAAGAUCUGGCAAUAGAUGAAAGUGCAGCUCCAUUGGAUCAGUUAUUUCCUAACACAGGCUAUGAAGUUAGUGAAAAUAAAGCUUGGCAGGAGCUACAAUACAGCCAUGCAGUUAAUCAGCUUAAAGCAUUAUUACGACAAGAAGAAGAAAAAGGGAGUGAAACAUCACCUUCAAAGAAGAGGGGAAUGUCACCCACAAGAACAUCCAAAACUACUGAUCAAAGUUUACCUGCCAUUUCUGAUCUUGUUCCCAUCAUAAAUGAUCAGUCUCAAUAUAUUAAUCAUUUAGAGGCUGAAGUCAAGUUUUGCAAGGAAGAAAUGUCUGAAUUGAAAGCACGUAUACAUGUUGUUGUACUUGAAAAUGAGAAGCUACAAAAUGAUCUGAAAAUGAUAACAGAGCAGACUUUGAGAGAGCGAACUGUCCUUGAUGACUCAGCACCUCUCUCAAAUGCUGGUGGUAUAAGUGGUGAUUAUUCUCAAGUUUGUGGAGCUGCUAAAUCAUCUUGUCAUAUCAAUGAGCAAGCCAAGGCACCUACACUGGAAUUGGAAAAGUGGCAACUGGAACUGGAAAAAUUAAAAUACCUUCAUGAAGAAAAGACUGAAGUGUUUGAAGCUCAGAUCCAGUCUCUACGAAAGGCAUUAUCAGAGUCACAAAAAAACUGUGAAGAUCUGAGCGGAAGAUUAAAACAUCAGCAUCUGAUCAAUGCAGCAAAUAGUUCUAGUAGGCCUGGUGGACUUUGCUUAAAUUGUGCACAGCAUGAAGCAGUUCUUUCCCAGACUCAUUCAAAUGUCCAUAUGCAAACCAUUGAAAGACUAACGAAAGAGAGAGAUGAGUUAAUGACAGCACUUUCUACAAUGAGAAUAAACUUAAAUGAAAUGCAACAGAGGGAAUGCAGUGCUUAUGAACAAGUAAAACAAGCAGUACACAUGACUGAAGAAGCUAAUUUGGAAAGAACUAAGGCUUUAGUCCAGCGUGAACAGCUUAAAAGUGAAAUGGAGAGGCAGAGAGAUCGCCUUGAAAAAGAGUUAGCACUUCAGCUAGAUAAGAGAGCUGGAGAGCGAGAAGCGGUUCGUGAAGAAAUGAAGAAAGAAAAAGAAAACCUGUCAUCACUGGUAAUGUCUUUAUCUCAGAAUGUUGCUGGUCUGGAGGCUCAGAUUGACAGGAUUACAAGGGAAAAGAUCUCUCUAAGCAAUCAGUUGGAAGAAGCUCAGAACCAGCAUGCUUCUCGUGAAAUGGAGAUCAAUAAGGUGUGUGGAGAAAUACGUUAUCAACUGAAUCAGACCAAAAUGAAGAAGGAUGAAGCAGAAAAGGAGCACAGGGAGUAUAGGACAAAAACAAUAAGGGAACUUGAAGUUAAAGAUCAGCAAAUUGAGAAAUUACAAGUAUUGCUUAAUGAAAACAAACAGCGCUUAGAACAAGCACAGCAGGAUACUGCAAAAGCUAAGGAUGAAUGUCUGAAACUAACAGAAUUGCUGGGCAAAGCUGAGCAACAACUGCAUUUUCUCAGGUUAGAAAAAGAGAACAUUCAGCAUAGCUUUAGCAAUGAGGCAAAGACCCGAGUCCUUCAGGCUCAGCAGAGAGAACAGGAGCUGACACAGAAGAUGCGGCAAAUGGAGGCCCAGCAUGAUAAAACUGUAAAUGAACUGGAAUCAUUGCUGAGUUCCCAGAAUGCUCUUCUAUCAAAAUUAAAAGAAGAAUGUUGUCAAUUGGCAAAGAAGCUUGAACAUGUCACUGAAAGAAAUAGGUCUGAAAUCAGCCAGCUUAGUCAGGAAAAUGAAUAUAUCCAUGACAGACUUGAGAAGAUGCAGAAAAGGCAUGAUGAAUUGGAGGAUCAGUGUAUCCAGCAUGGAAGGAUGCAUGAGAAAAUGAAGCUAAGAUUACACCAGCUUGACAAGCAUUGCCAGACUUCUGCCCAGCAGCUUGUGGAGUUACUCAACAAACAGAAUGAGCUGUACAAGGAGCGGCAGAUGCUUACAGAAGAGGUGGAUUUUCUGCGGACUCAGUUAUCCUGUGCCCCACAGCCAUAACUGAAAACGCUUUGGAAGGACAUCAUUGAAGCAAAAUGCCAAUUACCUUCAUUCAGCUCAAAGACCUGAUAUGCUUAAGUAAUUAAACAUUUGUCAACGGGUCUUCCCAUGUUGGAAAUGUCAUCCCAUCCACCUUAGACUGUCAAAUGUUUAGGCCCAACAUCUUUAGAUAUUCAAUAACUUUGUUUGUCCUCUCUUAAGAAGACAAUUCUGGUUGAAUUUCUGAGGAACUGCUUAUACUUUUAGAUGAUUGACACUUGUGCAGUUUUCUUCGGUGGAACUUGAAACAUGCAGAGAAGCUAUACUGGAUCAAAACUGGUUUUAAAUGCAGUAUUAUUUCCCCCUGCAUUCUUCAUUUUUAACCUCAAUUUUUUAAUCAGAUAUUUUCCCCUAAUGAGAGAGGUUGUACACACAUCACCUCUGAAUUAAGGUGUAGAUUUAUUGCCCCAUGAGUGUGGAACAAUUCCCUCAGUAAGGCUGAAAUCUGCUCUACUAUUGUAGCCUUUGCAAGAAGAUGAAAAGCUUCCCUUCCUUCAGCACUGGAGCUCAGUAUUGUUUUACAUUCUACAAUAUUUAUCAAUGAUUGUUUUUAUUGGUAUUGCUAUUUUCUAUUAGAUGGUAUAUGGUAAGAAUGUUAAGUUAAGAUCAUAAAUGCAUCUCCCCGGAUGACAAGUUAAUUUAGAAUCUCUUGUCUCUAUUUUAUAAGAAUGUUAUGAAAUAUCUUUUCAAAAUUACCACAAUUAUUUUAUUAAGUUUAUAUGGUUUGAUAGCACUUUUUAAUUCAUUAAUUAAUCUGCAUCGCAGAUGUUCUUUCUGAAGCUAAAUGCUAAAAUAUA